UCUUUUGUUGCUAACACUAACGUUUGUUUCUUGUGCUCUUGUGUGUGUUGCCAUCAAACAGAUUUUCUAAUCCUUUUUGCAGAGCAUCACAUGCCAUGGAGUUAUUCAAAUUCCAUGCGUUGCCUAACCCCUGUUGUCUAGAUCGAGAGUUACAAACCCUAGGCAACACUAUAGUUAGUGCCUGUGAAGGCCUUCCUCUUGCCCUCCAACUUCUUGGGAAAACCCUGGCUGGUGUGGCCGAUAGAAAUGUUUGGAAAGGCAUGGCAGACAAGUUAAAGUGUGAGCCCAAUAUGCAAAAGAUACUUAGAGCCUCCUACGAUACCCUUGAUUCCUUUGAGAAGGAAAUGUUUCUGGAUACUGCUUGUUUUCUUACAGGGACAGACAAAGAAAUUGCUACGAUCUUUUGGGCAGAACUGUAUCGGAGUUGUCACGCUUCUCUCAGAAAUCUCUUGCAAAAGUCCUUGGUAAACUUGGGCCCUGGUAAUGAAUUGUUGAUCCAUGGCUGCCUCAAAGACUUGGCAAGAAAUUUGGCAAAUGAAAUGAAUUCCCAGCCCCGCAAACGAACAAGACUAUUCGAUCAGGACGCAGUGCAGGAUGUUUUACAUCGACCCUUGGAGAAGGCCAAGAAGGUGUGUUAUCUUUGCUACGAGCCCAAGGAGAGGAAGACAAUGGAGGCAGACAUGUUCAUCCAACUGUACAACUUGAGACUGCUCUGGCUUUCAGAUGUUGUGAUAAAGGGACACUUUCCUGAGGCAUGCUACUUUGACGAAUUGAGAUGGCUAAGAUUGACGAGAUGUUCAUCAAGACGGCUACCUCCGGGAAUGAACCUCAACAAGCUUGUUAUUCUGGAGGUGAUUUGUAGCCAGAUAACUCAUCUCUGCGACGAAAAAGCAGAAGAACACCCAAACAUACAACAUGGAAAACUUAAAGUGCUUAAUUUGAGUGGAUGCGUAUCCCUAGAGGAACUUCCUGCUACUCUAAUCUAUACCCAGUUGCAGAUCCUGGACUUGCAUAAUUGUCAUUCGCUCAGAAGUCUGCCCAUUACGGUGGGAACCCAGUUGCGGAUCCUGGACUUGCAUAAUUGUCAUUAACUCAGAAGCCUCCCCGAUACGGUGGGAAGCUUCCGUAGCUUAGUUUCUCUCAACAUGAAAGGCUCUGGUGUUUCUUGUUUGCCUGAGGAUUUCGGUAUGCUUUCAAGUCUGGAAGAAUUGGAUCUGUCUUGGUGUAAGAAUUUGCGCAAUCUUCCAGCUAAUUUUGGCAAUCUGACUCGGUUGGAAAGAUUAGAAAUUCAUCACAAUCCUAAGCUUAGAGAGCUACCAGAUACCAUUGGCGGCCUAAAAGCUUUGGCGUAUCUGGAUGCCGGCUACUGCCAACUGUGUGAUGAUGGACUCCCAGACGGAACAUUCGAAUUGUCUUCAUUAAGAGUAAUCCAUCUCGAGCAAAACGGAUUUUGCAGUCACCCGAGCGGCUUGGAAAAGUUAAUUGCACUUUGGGAGCUGCAUUUGGAUGGGUGCAGCAAGCUUUCCAACUUGCCAGCGGUCCCGUCAUCUUUGGAGAUGCUCUACGCCCGCGACUGCGCUCGUCUCGACAAUUUACCCUGCUUGUCCGGAUUGACGAGUCUCAUUCGAUUAGACGUCAGCAAAUCACGUCAUCUGGUGACGCUAGCCGGGUUAGAUUCUUUGCAAGGAUUAACCACGUUAAGGUUAAUGGGGUGUCAGAAUAUGUCCACCGACACACUGGCAAACUGUUUCCAGGGUCUCAAAUCUUUGGAGAGUGUUUUCUUUGGCGGGCCCGGCGUCUCCAGAUUUCAACUCCAAUCUUUCUAUGAUUCCCUCCAGUAUUUGCAGGCCAUCUCUUUCCAAACCCAAUGUCUAAUUUCAAGUCAAGUGAUCAAACCAACCUGGCAUCAUGCCGAAGCAAAUGGACAGAAAGGGGAGAAAGACAAUUGUCUUGAAUUAUGUGCAGAUCAGAAUGAGAUUAAAUAUUGUGCAGGAUAUAUUGUCUGUUGCCUUUCCCUGGGCCAAGUCUUUAAUCAGGAAGGUACGAACAGACUGUGCUGCAGAAUUGACAGGGAGCACAAUUUAGGGCCACGCAAAGUGAUCCAUCCAGACAUAGGUUAUGGAGGGGAAGAUGUGUUGGAAAUACGCGUUGUUCGAGUAGAGAGUAAUUUAAACUUCAAAUGGCUGAGAAUGGGAGAUAGACUGACCGUGAAUGCAUGUUCUGAUCAUCAGCAAUGGAAGGCAUGUUUCAAAUUUUUGAUGUAUGAAGAAGCUGAUGCAACUUAUCCUCCUGCAGAAGAAGAAUGGAUCCCUACUAAAAUAACAUUUGGUGUGUGAAACAAUUCUGUUUAAAUGAACUAUAUAAUGUUUGAUACCCUUAAUGGAAGGGAACUCUGCUUUAAAUGUAUAUUAUGUUUGUUUGAAGGCCAAAGUCAAAAGAAUGUAUUGAUUACAUAAAUAUAUAAUUUUUCUUACAAUAAAAAUAAUCAACACUUGACCA